GUCUGUCUGUCUCUCUCUGUGUGUGUGUGUGUGUGUGUGUGUGUGUGUGUGUGUGUGUCUGGUCUUGUCUUGUUGCUGUGAUAAGAGGCAGCGACACAACCUCAGAUGGUGAUAGUGAUAGUGGUGAUGGUGGUGGUGUUUCUGUACCUGUACUUUGAUGGUGGUGGUGAUGAUGGUGCUGUUGUGAGGACCUGUGAUGUAGUGGUGAUGUGAAAACCUGUAAUGGUGAUGUCAUGUACCUGUAGUGGUGUGUGGUGCAUCGUGAGACAGGUAAUGGUGAUGUUCUGUGGUACCUGUGGUGGUGUGGUGCAUAGUGGGACAGAUAAUGGUGAUGUUGUGUACCUGGAAUGGUGUGGUGCGGUGCAUUGUGGGACAGAUAAUGGUGAUGAUGUGUACCUGUAGUGGUGUGGUGUAUUGUGGGACAGGUAAUGGUGAUGUUCUGUGGUACCUGUGGUGGUAUGGUGCAUUGUGAGACGGGUAGAGACAACGGUACAGUGGAGGUGAAGGGUACAGAGGCGUGGCAAGGGUAACAACUGAUGUAGGUUCGUAUUCUGAAACGCUUUGCUCUCUCACCAUCACUACUUUCCAAAGGCUCCAGUUGAAGAUACUCGUGUUAUUAAGACUAAUUUUAUGGUUCUAGUGAUCGAUUGGCAAGAUUUCUAGCAUUUUAAAAGCAGAAACUGUCUUGAAAAUUCGGCUAAUUGUCUCUGUGGCUUUGGAAAUUUGCUAUAGUGGAAGGGAAAGGCGUUUUUGAAUAAGGGCGAUAGAGCGAUGGUACAGUUGGUGCAUUAACGAGUUAGCUGGUUAUAGAGGCAGUGGAGGAAAAUUAGCACAUUACAGCUACACCAGUACAUCACGGUGGUGCUUUGUCGGUGUUUGGUGUACAGUGGUGCGUUAUAAUGAAGUUAAGCUGCUGUUACAUUUACGUAGCGUUACAAUAAACACAAAUACGUUAUACUCAUAGGAGAAACACUUGAUAACAGCAGAACGAUUAUCUUGACACAACAUCGCAGCGUACUCGUAUUAGUACAUAAACAUUACAGGAAGACUCCCCAACGAAUACAGAGGCGAUAGAGACAUAGAAACACAUAUACACAACAUUACAGUAACCUUGGGCGUGACUUUACAGUGCGUGGGUGUAGACAGAAUCUCACCCCAUCAAACCACAGAGAUAAACUUGAUACAGCAAUGAAUACAAAGACGUAAGGAGAAGCACUAGCACUCGACCGGUACAGGAACAUUACAACGAGUGCCCCAGUGAAGUGCUACAGCAGAUAGUGUGCUGAGGAACCAGUCACACCCCAGUAACCACAGUGACACCCCAGUAAACACCAGUAGUAGUAGCGGCAUGGUGGUGUAUGUGGCGUACCGGGAGGAGAUGGGGGUGGUGCCAGACUGGGCUCGGCGGUGGCACAGUUCAGAGGCACUGGUGCAUACUUACGUAGGGCGCGGCGACCCCCACCACCCUGCCAAGCUGCCGCAUUGUCCUCGUAAGCGUCAUCGUCAUCGUCUCUUUGCAGACACUCCGAAGUCUGGCAAGGGGGUUCUGAAUCGUGCCAUCUCCUUCAAGGACAAGCUGGGGCGCAUCAAGUCCCCGCUGAGGCAAGGCGAGCUGGAGAAGGCCGAGCCAUCAGCGAAAAGCGAGAGUGUGGACCGCAAGGUGGAGAAUGUGUGGCGGUCACUCAGGUUCUAUAAGGAUGUGGUGGAGAAGAACACAAUGUACAUGUUGCCGGGCUCGGCCACGGAGGUGCUGGAGGUGGUGCUGGCUCUCAUCCUCGCCCUCAAACCUAAAUUCACAAACCAAAACAGGGAUGAUGCCUCGUCUUCCUUGUCCUCCACCGACUCAAGCUCGGCUGUGUCAUCGGUGAUUGCUGGUGUGCACCACAGCUUGGCAGAGCUGGUGCGGUGGAGCGACCAGCGCCUGCUGUAUGAGGACGACACCCACACCAGCACCCAGACAGUCCAGGAAGUGGUCCAGGUGGUCAGGGAUGCCGUCCAGGCCUUGAUUGACCUUGCAGCUGAUAAGGAAAAUCGGUACAUAUCAGACUCCACCAUGUCUCCGUCCACCCUCGACAACAACAACUCAAUAGACAAGUCUCCAGCCUGCUACAGCAAUAGGAAUUCAGAAAUAUCAAACCACAGAAACUCCCUUCCCGAGAUCAAGCAGGACUCCCCCAUCGAGCACAAUGGAAGGUACCUGCUCCCUGGUGACACCUCGGGCAAGCUGAGUCACUCCCGAAGCUCAGACUCCAUACUGACUGGGGUGGAGGUGGAGGCACCGCCCCCUAAGCCUCCGCUGCCCAUCGGUCCUGACGUAGCUCCUCCACUGCCGCCCAAAAGGAAGAACCAGAGGGAAACCUUCAUGACCCACCCACACUCCAUUGCCUCUCCUGUCAGCCAAAGCUCCAGAGAAAAUUCCUCAGACUGGCUCAACCCCAGCCAUGGACCAAAUUCCAUCUCAGGAACACUGGAGAGAAGCUCCAUGACCAAUUCAUCAGACCAGGUGUCCCCAGCAUCAAGCCUGGACUCUAUGAACCACCCACAUGAUGACCCUCCCGCCUCUAGGACCAGUCUGGACUCCUCGGGUUCCCUGCCGGACCGUUCAGAGCUUGACUUGGACUCAAAUUACUUGAAGCACUUUAAUAAAAGUAUAGACACUCUGAGAAUUAGUAUAGGAGAGUCCAACUCCAUGCAGUACUCCAGCAGCAGUCAAAUCUUCAAGAGAAACAGCCAGACAGUGUCCAUCAAGCAAAGUUCAUCUCAGGUGUCCUACAUGUAUACUUCCCAACACACUGUGUCAUGCACCGCCAACACCCGCUCCUCCAUAUCCUCCUCUGCUUCCUCCUCCUCCAGUGGCAGCGAGGUAGAUAAAUGCGACAAUAGUGCCAAAUGCCUCUUGGCACCAAGGUGGCACGACAGACCACGCCUCACCCCAGGCCGAGUCCACUCCACCUAUGACAACCUGGAGCAAGGAAACUAUGAUGACUCCACUUCCCAGGAAGGUCCAAGUCCAGAGCUGCCCCCCAAGACAAGGAACAUGGGGAACAGCAGCAGCACCACCACCAUCAGUAGCUAUGAGUCCCGAGGAAUGUUGAGCAACAGAAGCACCACCAGUAGUCAAGAUGGAAGCACUGUGGUCCAGUUGCGUCGACAACAGCAAUUUGACGUGCAUCACGUCACCUUGAGCAGCGGUGAUGACCACCCACCUCCUCUGCCAGAGAAGAAGAAGCAUGUCCAUGAUUACAUGAGGCUGUUUGGACAGGUGGCUGAGCCCAACCCCAGCGAGCUGCUCCGCCACUCGGUGCACCAGAUGCACCUCAUGUCCUCCAUGGAGUCCCACUUUAGUGACCAUGAGCAAGAGCUCAUUCAAGGUCACAACCACAGGAUACUUAAUAUUGAGGAUGACAAGAUGGCAAAGCCCCCAGCCCUGCCACCUAAGAGGCGGGCACACAGACCACUGACCCGGCAAUCUUCACCACCAUCGUCCCUGCCCUCCUCUGCCAUGGCCACCACCAUUGAUGUCACUCCAGAUAAUUCUCUUGUUUUAGCUGAAAGUACUGCAUACCGCAAGUCAAUGGAGGAGAAGGACGAGCCAGAGGAGGUGAUAAUCAAGGACCAGUCAGUUGAAAUUGACAGACACAACAAUGUAGACACUAGGGAAGAAGUGGAGGAUGAAGAAGAGGAGGACAGCCUGCUGGAUCUGCUUGAUGUGAGGGAAUACCUAAUACUCAAGAAAGAGGGAGAAGAAGGUCCAGAGAUCCGUGGUGGUCCAGUUGAUGCUCUCAUUGUCCAUGCAUCUAAAGCAAAUAAGAAUGAGGAUGAGGAAAAGGAUGAUUUCUUAUACCAAGAAGCAUUCCUGACCACAUAUCGCACCUUUAUCUCUCCUGAUGAACUUGUUCACAAGUUACUGAAGCGUUACAACAGGUUUGUCAGCAGCCCAGACACUGAAAGGCAGAGGGCUGCCAAGAAUGCCUUCUCUCUCUUGGUGCGCUUGGUGGAUGACCUUGCCAUCAUCGAUUUAUCCAACGAUACCCUAGAAACACUGACAGAUUUUGAGUACGGACUCUUGUGUCGCGGAGAGUUGUCUCAGGCUCGGCUCCUUAGAAGGAAGAUUGUUGAAAAGUUUGAGGCACGGAAAAGGCAUAAUGCAUCAAAAGAAAACUACAAUAUAGCAUCCCUAGCAGUCACUACCAAAACUAUGUCUCUUCUUGACUUCAAAGCUCAGGAUAUUGCUGAGCAGAUGACUCUAUUAGAUGCAGAACUUUUCUUAACUAUGGAGAUCCCUGAAGUUCUGCUUUGGGCUCGAGAACAAAAUGAGGAAAGGGCUCCCAACCUAAACAAAUUCACAGAACACUUCAACAAGAUGUCUUACUGGGCCCGCACUCGCAUCCUGGAGCAAGUGGAUGCCAAGGACCGUGAGAAAUACGUCUUAAAGUUUACAAAGAUUAUGAAGCAUUUACGCAAAUUCAACAACUUCAACUCCUACUUGGCUCUCCUAUCAGCCCUUGACUCUGCUCCAAUCAGGCGGCUUGAGUGGCAGAAGAACAUCACCGAUGGCCUCAAGGAAUACUGUCAGCUCAUCGACUCGUCCUCUUCCUUCCGGGCAUACAGACAGGCUCUCUCGGAAUCUUCACCACCCUGCAUACCCUACAUUGGCCUGAUUCUCCAAGACCUGACGUUUGUCCAUAUUGGCAACAAUGAUCUCCUUCCUGAUGGGAAUGUCAACUUCUCCAAGAGAUGGCAACAGUUCAACAUAUUAUUAGAUAAUAUGAAAAGAUUUAAGAAGUGCCCAUACAAUUAUAAGAAGAAUGAGAAAAUCAUCACCUUCUUGAACAACUUUGAUGAUUACCUUAACGAAGAAGCUUUAUGGAACAUCUCAGAAGAAAUCAAGCCACGAGGAGGGAAGAAGAAGUGAGAGUCAGGGCCAGCCAGCCAAUCUGUGCUCUGGAAGGAAAGAAAAAACAAAACUGAUAAACUUAUGAAAAAGUCAGAUGUGAAUUAAUAGCAUUUCUGCUUGUCAACUGAGCACCGACACUUAAAUGUAAGCAAAUCAGUAUUGGCUAAACUACAACGCAACUUUAGCAAUGUUAGACUUGGAAUCUGAGGUGAGCUCCUGUCGGGGCUUGGCACCUCUCUCUCUCCAGGGUCGUGCUAGGAUAGACUAUUCCAUUGGUAGUGGAUGUAGACUACUGAAGAUAAUUUAUUUUAUAAAAUGAAAGAGACGUAAUUUAUAUGUUGGAUAAAUAUUCAAGAUCUUGGUUUAGAAUUAUCUGAUAUACUGGUACUGUAUUAAGUACUCAAACCAAAUGUAAAAUAUACACAUUUUGUUUUCAUUUGUAAAUAUGAGAUUUAAUUUUGUAUAGCCAUAUUACAAAGAUGGUGAAUUCUCUUCAAAGUAUUGUUUUUUUACUAUAAUAUUUUACAUUUAUUUCCUACAUUCAGGCCAAUGAUGCAUUUAUUCUUGGUUUUGAUCCUGGUUGAACAGAGGCAUUCACACUACAGCAUGUAAGGUCUGCUAACACAACCAGGUGUUCACAAGAUGCUGCAGCCCUCUUUGUACACAGCAAGCUGAUGAUGAUGUUACCUCACAUACCCAGUCCUUUUAUCCAAACAAUAUAAUAAUCUACAGUGAUUUGAGCCACUGGACAAAUUUUACAAGUACAGCCAGAGUAACAAAGCCUCAUGUUUAUGUAAGACCACAACUUUAAUGAACAUAGAAAAGUGUAAAACUUAACUGAAACACGUAAAUGACAGAAUUUAAAAUGAUCAUUUGUGUUCCAGCUGUUGAUGAGCACAGGUUCAGCCACAGUCACAGCUGGUGGAGGCUGGUUAGUCUUGAAUUUUGUAAAGCUGGGAAAAUUCGGUAUUGACAAAAGCCAUUGUAUGGAAACAAUACAUUGAUAAUUUGGCUUUUAGAGCCUUAACAAGUAGUAAAGAUGAAACCACUAUACUAAUAAAGACUACAUCUCCGGAAUAAAAAUUUUGUUGAUACAAUGAAUGGAUACAUGGACACAUUCCCACCAGUAGCAGACAGAUUGGCACAAAGGCUGCAUGUCUUCCUCAUGUGUUAGCUUUGACUGACUGGUGUGGAGAGCAAACCUUAGCCUUGAUCUCCACAGGAUUAUUUUCAUGUAGCUUCUUACUCACCAAUUAGACAAUUCAGUCAACAACUGAUGAGGACACACUAAGGGUUACUGAGAUUUACUGAUGUUUGGAUAAAAGGGACAUCACUAUACUGUCCUUGUCACUAAAGUGUGGCUGAUAUAAUGAAUGCAUCAUUGAAGCCACACUGUCACUUUCAGUAUAAUGAAUUAUGGUGCAAAAUUGUGAUUCAGUAACACAACACAACACAUAAAUAUUUUUGUAGGCAACUCUAGAGUUGGCUUCAUUUCAUCCCUUUAUGAGGGAUGAGAAAUAUUUGUAUGCCAAAAGAAUUAUUAUAAUUAUGUGUAAAAAUACAUGUGUAUCCCAGUCCAAUGUAUGAUGUUGUAUGAGUGAAAGUAAAGCAUCAGAAUGGUGCUCUCUAUAAAGGCCAUAAUGGCUAGUCUUGUGCAUUGUAUUAAGUAUAGUUAGGUUUGAAGAACGUCAUUGUGAAGCUACAAGGAGCAGCCGUGUGUGUGUGUGUGUGUGUGUGUGUGUGUGUGUGUGUGUGUGUGUGUGUGUGUGUGUGUGUGUGUGUGUGUGAAGGCUUCAAUGCAGGGUGUGUACACUCCCAGCCAUGUGUGCUUCAUCAGUGUGUGUGCAUGAGUCAGCAUGGUACUGAUGAGCUGCCACUAAGAAUCAAACCUUUCAGUAUAUUAGGAAAUUAUUUGUACAUAAUUGUAUAGCCUUAUAUUACAUUAUUUCUAUAAUCAUUAUUUUAGUUACAAAUGUCACUUUCAUUUUAGAAGUUAACAGAUUGCAGAGACUUGGUUCUCGGUGAGUCACCAUGUAGCAGAAGUUUCCUGUACUCCAGAUGUAAACUUUAGCAAGCCAAAGAGACAGCCCAGUGGCUGCAUGUUUAAGUCCAAAGAUGUAUUCCUGCUUGUGAGUAGAUGAAGCUGUCAUCUCAUUGUAAAUGCUCCUGAAACAGAGCAAGCUACACCAGUUGCAUUUGCAUAAUUUUUGGAGUAGUAGUACAAGGAGCCUGACCUUGGGUUCCAUUAGUGAGGGCAACCACACUAAUGGGGACAAAGUGAACAUUCAGUAUGAUUUAUACUGGAUUAUUUCCACAAAGAAUCACACCAACUGAUGGUUAUUCAUCCCUAAGUAUCUUCAUUCAGUUUAUAUUUCAGGUUGGCAGGUCACAUCAUUCAUGAAUGCUAGACACAAUUCAUUUUCCCAUUGCCAUUACACUCCAGGUUUCAUCUCGUUAAUGUUUCCAUCCCACACCAUUUAUCAUUCAGUUGGACUUGUUCAACACACCACCAAAGGUAUCAAGGUCACAAGGUAAUCAAGGUUCUCAGUCCAUCAUCCAUGCCAGGUGUUAUCAGGGAAUCUUUAGGAAGGAGACAGGUACCAAGGUUUAUUUAAUGUGCUGCGUGUCAACAGCCAGAUGGUGAUGCACCAGCUCAUGCAGUGCUAGUGUGUAAUUCUCUGUUAUGAAGUGAGUGGUCUCAAAAUUUUUUACUUAUGAAUUUGGUUCCUUUCAAAUCUGGAUGUGGAUUCCAAAUAAAAUUCAUUGUGUUGCUUGUAAAAUUGGCUUCUUUGGUGGGAAAUACUGUUAAAUGUAGGAAGCUGCCUUGUCAUAGUCAAGAUUCUUCUGCAAGGCUUGCACCACACAAUUCAUUCACUUGUCACAACGAUUCACUGGUGUCACUUUACGUGGACACAUUACUGAUUCAAAUCACAAAAAAAAUGUUCUGCAGUUUCAGUUGACUUAUGUUGUCUUUCUGUGAUGAGGUGAGCUUAAUCCUGGAAAACCAGGUCUGUUUACCAUGAGCUUGUAAACUCAUUAUGAAAUAUUACAGCUUAAGUGGAAACUAUAUGUGUAAAACUUUCCUCAUCUUCAAAUAAUUUUUCAAGAUGUAUUCUUAGUAUUCUUACCUGCUUUGUCAGGGAUAGUAAAGACAAUGAAAACGAACAAAAUACAUCAAAUUAACGAAAGAAAGUGAAUACUUGCUUCAUAUGCUAUUUCAUUGCCUGGGUUGUAGGUUAAAGUAGCUCAUACCCACCACCCACCCAAUACAGCAGUAACUUAGCAAUAUACCUGGUUAGAAAUGAACAGGCUAUGCAGGACACUGUAAUACUGUGUAGCAACCAGUACAAUGAAACACCUCCGAGCCCCAUUUGUUUACACAGGUGUGGCACAGCAGUAUUUCUAAACUAGUGAAGUGUUUGUAAAGGAAUAAGUGUGUAAUAUCCUGGUAACACAAAACAUUUAGUAGAUUAUUAUUUUUUUUAUUUAUUUUUUUUUUAUUUAUUUAUUUUAUUUUAUUUUUUUUUUUUCUCUCCAAAACUGCACUGUGAGGAACUACACCAGACAUCGAAUGCUGGAAGCAGUUACCACACAACGCAUCACAUUUAACAUUGUGGUUUUAUGCACCUCAUUUUGUACGUAUCAUGUGUAUAAAGAUUAUUUUUCCAUGCUGCAUGAUAUGUACAGCCCCUACAAUGGUUCUGUAGUAUUAAGAUGGUGCCACAAGGUCUCACACACCCUGUGCAUAUGUUGCUGUGCUUAUCAAUACGUGCCUCAGCAAGGAUGGACAGGGUGGUGGUCCUGAGGUGCAAUGGAGGCAUCAGUGUCUCGACUUGAACUUCGGUGUUCCUGAGGUGCAACAGCUGAUGUGGAUGAAGCUCCUCUGAGGAGUGUAAAGGAGGAAUCAGAGGCUGUCAGAACACAGCCCCUUAUUCUAGUCAUUUUAGUAAGUCAUUGCACAUUAAGAUAUUAUUUAACUUUGGACUGUUUUCAAAAUGUAGUAGUUAUUAUUUAAUCCUGCAUAAUGAGUUGCUAUAAGUUAAUGGUUUGUAUUGUCAAGCAAUUUUAUACAUUAAAGGAAAUUUAUAAGCCUG